GCUAAGUCGGUUUCCAGGCAGGGAGCUCAGCCUGACCCCGAUCGUCGGGUCCCCGCCCUCCGCCCCACUCCCUGGCACUCCGGGCGCCGACCCUGCGCGGCGAGGCGGCCCGGCGCCAAGCUGGUCCGACUGGUUCUGGGCAGGAAGCCUCCCGCCCUCGCCCGGGGCCGCCGACCAGCCCCGCGCCAGCCCGGGCGCCCGUCGGUGCUGCCCGUGGCCUGUGCGACCGUCCGUGCAGCGAUCGCGACCGGCGACCGGCCCGGCCCUGCCCAGCCCGGGCGGAGAUCAAUGCGGCUUUGUCUGGGCCGCCCACACCCCAGAGGCCGCUCCCGGGUCGGCAAAUCGUGGCGCGGCGGCGCGGGGCGCGCGGGGUGAGAUAAGCGGCCAUGUGACCCUACCUGGGCGGGGGAGGGGCGCAGGUGAGGCGGCGGCGGCGCAGCAGGACGCACGCGGAGACCGCGGCUGCAGCGAUGUCCGGCGGCAGGAAGGACUGGUCGGCGCUGUCCAGCCUGGCCCGGCAGCGGACUCUGGAGGAUGAGGAGGAACAGGAACGUGAACGCCGGCGGCGGCAUCGUCAGCUGAGCUCUACCACGGAGGAUGAGGCUCCCAGGCUCACCCAGAAUGGAGACCAGCGGGCCGCUGAGAGGCUGCCCAGUGUGGAGGAAACAGAGGUGCCCAAGCCACCACCCCCAGACCCCAAAGAUACGGAUGAAGACAUCCAGACUAUCCUCAGGACGCGGCAGGAGCGGAGGCAGAGGCGGAAGGCCAUGGAAGCUGCCCCCAUGCAGGAGAGGCUUGAGGCAGAGGAUGGAAGGGACAGCUCUAGUCCUGAACAGGCCACACAGCAGCCCCCGGCACCCAAGAAGGAACCGGAGGCCCUGCCUCGCCGGAGACUGAGCCGAGAGCAGCGGGGCCCCUGGGCUGAGGAGGAGGAGCGCUUGGUAAGCAAGGAGCCAGGAGUGGGGAAGAAGGGACUUCCCGAGGAGGCUCCAGCUCUGGAGAAGACCUUGGUCACGGAGAAGUCCUCUGCGCCAGAGAAGACACCCACAAAGAGACUGGCCUCAGAGAAAGCCUGCCUCUCUGAGAAGUCGCAGGUCCCGGAGAGGACAGCUGCGUCCCAGAAGACAGCAGUGCUGGAGAAGCAAGGCAGCCCAGAGAAGUCUGCUCCAGGAAAAUCGAGUGACUCUGAGAAGUCACCAGCCCCUGAGAAAGCGUCUGUGUCUGAGAAGACAGCAGCGUCAGAGGAAAGGCCUAUGCUGGCCAAGAAAACAGCUCUAGGAAAAGUCGGCAUUUCCGAGAAGCCGCCAGAGAAAGCGUCUUCUCGGGUGUCUGAGAAAGCAUCCUUCUUUGAGAAGUCCUUGGCCACAGAGACAAAGCUGUCCCCCAAGAAGGUGGCAGCAUCUGAGCAGCCCCAGGGCUCUGGGGGAGGCCAGGCCAGCACCCCAGAGCCGAUAGGAAGGGUUGUCUCCAGUAAGAGCCCGACUUCCUCGGCACCGGAGCACAGGGUGCCCGGCUCUCCAGCUGUGGCUUCCCGCCUCCCGCCCAUCACACUCCAGGUGAAAAUCCCCAGCAAGGAGGAGGAGGCAGACACAUCUUCACCCACCCAGGUCACCUAUAGCACCUCUCUCAAACGCUCCAGCCCCAGGACCAUUUCCUUUCGGAUGAGCCCCAGGAAAGACAACUCAGAGACCACCUUAACCCGCAGUGCCAGCGUGAGGUUGCCGGCCAGCACGGUCAAGUUGGGAGAGAAGCUGGAGAGAUACCACACGGCUAUACAGAGAUCAGAAUCUGUCAGGUCUCAAGGCUCUUCCCGCACCGAGUUCUUUGUGGCUCCAGCGGGUGUAGCCAGCAAGCGCCACCUCUUUGAGAAGGAACUGGCUGGCCAGAGCCGAGCAGAACCAGCCUCCAGCCGGAAGGACAACCUGAAGCUGUCUGGGGUUGUGACAUCAAGGCUCAAUCUGUGGAUUAGCAGGACCCAGGAGUCAGGAGACCAGGACUCCCAGGAGGUCCAGAAAGAGUUGGCAGCUGCCAAGAGGACCCAGUGGGCCAAGAAGUCAGACUCCUCCCUGGAUGCUGAGGUGUGACACUCCUGCCUACCUGCCGAGACAGUCCUACCAAUCUGCCUCUCAAGGGCCUCCUUCAAGCCGGGCCCCGCCUCCCGAAGCAGCACCACUGUCUCUCACUGCCCCACCCCCCUUUCUGCUUCUGGACCUGUCUGGUCAGGGCCCUUGGGGACCAGGAAUGUCAGUGACAUGCAGCCAGCCCCUUCCCAGUGCAGCCUCCAGGGCAGCUGUACGUGGCAUGUCCUUGGCCUGCUGCAAACACUGUAGGUCCAGGACCCAGCAGCAGCCCAUCAGCUGUGUGGAGCCUCAGCGUCCUCCUCAGAGGCCUCCCCGCUGCUCACUUCCAGUGUGGCCGCCUCUGACCAUCUCCAGUGUCACCCGUCUCGUCUGCUCCCCACCGAUGCCUCCACGUGCCUGUGAAUUCUCCCUCACUGAGGCCUGGACCUACACACUUUAGUGCCUGUGGGCUGCUCGUGCCUGUGAGGCCCUCAGGCCAGGCGGGGAAGGGGUCUCCCUGCACCCUCCGUCCAUGUGCCCCAACCUCCCGCUUUGUUCUUGGCAACCCCCCACUUCCCUGGCCUGCUGCCCUGGCCGGGAGCUCCGAGCCUGUAUAUGCAACAACUUACCCGGCCCUCUCAGAAAAACCUGUUCUCAGGAAGGAUCUGAUAAACUCAUUCACUCUCAGGUGUAA